CCCCCUCCCCACCCUCCCCCCCCCACUCCAAUCCUGCGGACCUGGGGGCUCGGAUCUGGGAGCUAUGAAAAGUGUCUGCACAGUCACUUCCGGUUUGCCUUCCCCCAGUACCUCGGCUGCUGCCGCCGCGCAGGAGGUCCGCGCCGCCCCCGAUGGUAAUCCCAGCGCCACUCCGCCCACCUCUGCCAAGAAGAGAAAGUUGAACAGCAGCAGCAGCAACAGUAGUAACGAGCGCGACGACUGCGAUUCCGCCUCCUCGGCCUCCUCCACGCCGCUGCAGCCCCGCGAUUCCGCCUCCCCGUCCACCUCCUCCUUCGCCGGCCCCGGGGCCGCCGCGGCGUCCAGCAGCCACACGCCCAUACAAAAGCGGCUCCGCUUCGACGAAGCCCUGGAGUUGGUCGGCUUCGACGCGAAGAUGGCUGAGGAGUCCUCCUCUUCCUCCUCCUCCUCCUCGCCGACGGCUGCGACGUCGCAGCAGCAGCAGCAGCUGAAAAAUAAGAACCUACUCAUCUCCUCCGUGGCCUCGGUGCAUCACUCGAACGGCCUCACCAAGGCGACCACCGUCUCCAGUUUCGCCAGCAGCAAGCCGGGCUCGGCCAAGAAGUUAGUCAUCAAGAACUUUAAAGAUAAGCCUAAAUUACCAGAAAACUACACAGAUGAAACAUGGAAUAAACUAAAAGAAGCAGUGGAAGCUAUCCAGAAUAGUACUUCGAUUAAAUACAAUUUAGAAGAACUUUAUCAGGCUGUGGAAAAUCUGUGCUCUUAUAAGAUUUCUGCCAACUUGUACAAACAACUGAGACAGAUUUGUGAAGAUCACAUCAAAUCACAAAUUCUCCAGUUUAGAGAGGAUUCGUUGGAUAGUGUUCUUUUCCUAAAGAAUAUUGAUAGAUGCUGGCAAAACCACUGUAGACAAAUGAUAAUGAUCAGAAGCAUAUUUCUCUUUCUGGAUAGAACUUACGUUCUUCAGAAUUCAAUGCUACCCUCCAUUUGGGAUAUGGGUCUGGAGUUAUUUAGAGCUCAUAUCAUAAGUGAUCAGAAAGUCCAGAAUAAGACAAUUGAUGGCAUUCUCCUCCUGAUAGAAAGGGAAAGGAAUGGUGAAGCCAUUGACCGGAGUUUGCUUCGAAGCCUCUUAAGCAUGCUUUCUGAUUUGCAACCUUUUCAUUCUGUAUCGCCCUCCCAGAUUUAUCAAGAUUCUUUUGAGCAACGAUUUCUGGAAGAAACUAAUAGGCUCUACGCAGCUGAAGGCCAAAAGCUGAUGCAGGAAAGUGAGGUUCCUGAGUAUCUUCAUCAUGUUAACAAACGUCUAGAAGAAGAAGCAGACAGACUUAUUACUUACUUAGAUCAGACCACCCAGAAAUCAUUAAUCGCUACUGUAGAAAAGCAACUUCUAGGUGAACACUUAGCAGCAAUUCUCCAGAAAGGUUUAACUAAUCUCCUUGAUGAAAACCGGAUUCAAGAAUUAUCUCUACUCUAUCAACUUUUCAGUAGAGUUCGAGGUGGAGUUCAAGUUCUUUUGCAACAGUGGAUUGAAUACAUUAAGGCAUUUGGCAGCACUAUAGUAAUUAAUCCAGAAAAAGAUAAAACUAUGGUUCAAGAAUUGCUGGAUUUCAAAGAUAAGGUGGACCACAUAAUUGAUGUUUGUUUUAUGAAGAAUGAGAAAUUUAUCAAUGCAAUGAAAGAAGCAUUUGAAACAUUUAUUAACAAAAGACCAAACAAACCUGCUGAACUUAUAGCUAAGUAUGUAGAUUCAAAGCUUCGUGCAGGCAACAAAGAAGCCACAGAUGAAGAACUUGAAAAAAUGUUGGAUAAGAUUAUGAUCAUUUUUAGAUUUAUCUAUGGGGUUACUCCUGGCCCUGCACUCAGGAAUUACUCCUGGCGGUGCUCAGGGGACCAUAUGGGAUGCCGGGGAUCGAACCCAGGCAAGGAUGUUUUUGAGGCCUUCUACAAGAAAGAUUUAGCCAAACGCCUGUUAGUUGGGAAAAGUGCAUCUGUAGAUGCUGAAAAAUCAAUGCUCUCCAAACUUAAGCAUGAAUGUGGAGCUGCUUUUACCAGCAAACUUGAAGGAAUGUUUAAAGACAUGGAACUUUCUAAAGACAUCAUGAUUCAGUUCAAACAGGUAAAAUAUAUGCAGAAUCAGAAUGUACCUGGGAAUAUUGAGUUAACUGUGCAUAUCCUUACAAUGGGUUAUUGGCCAACUUAUGUGCCUAUGGAAGUUCAUUUACCAACAGAGAUGGUAAAACUUCAGGAGAUCUUUAAGACAUUUUAUCUGGGUAAACAUAGUGGCCGAAAACUUCAGUGGCAGUCAACCCUCGGCCACUGUGUACUAAAAGCAGAAUUUAAAGAAGGGAAAAAAGAACUUCAGGUCUCUCUCUUCCAAACGCUGGUGCUGCUAAUGUUUAAUGAGGGAGAGGAGUUCAGUUUAGAAGAAAUCAAGCAGGCAACUGGAAUAGAGGAUGGAGAAUUACGGAGAACACUACAGUCAUUGGCUUGUGGCAAAGCCAGAGUUCUGGCAAAAAAUCCAAAGGGCAAAGAUAUUGAAGAUGGUGACAAGUUCAUUUGUAAUGAUGAUUUCAAACACAAACUUUUUAGGAUUAAGAUCAAUCAGAUCCAGAUGAAAGAAACGGUUGAAGAACAAGCAAGUACUACAGAAAGAGUAUUCCAGGACAGACAAUAUCAAAUUGAUGCUGCAAUUGUUCGAAUUAUGAAGAUGAGAAAGACCCUUAGCCACAAUCUCCUUGUUUCAGAAGUGUACAAUCAGUUGAAAUUUCCAGUGAAGCCUGCUGAUCUUAAGAAGAGAAUAGAGUCAUUAAUUGACAGAGAUUAUAUGGAAAGAGAUAAAGAAAAUCCAAACCAGUACAACUACAUCGCAUAAAAUAUUGGCCUUGGGAGGAGCAUUUGGUGUCAUACAGUAGCCAGUGAAUAACUAAUCUGUUGAUCCUGUAUUAUUUGACUUGUUUUAUACUACCAAUGACCAAAUGAAGCAAUGUAAUGGAGUAGUUGAGGUGGACUUUUUCAGUGGUUAACAUGCCCAGUUAAAGAGUAAUAUUUACCUUUAAGAAGAAUGUUGUUGAACUCUUUGCAUGUUAUUUAGUAUGAUGUGCAGAAAAUUCUUAAGAAAGUACCUGGUCUUCAUAAUUCCUCUUUGGAACUGGGGAAGAGGUUCCUAUGCCUAUUAAGACAGAAGGGGGGUUCUUAUACACCAUUAAUUACUAAGCAAAAGGUUUUUUUGCUUAAAAUGUCAUUUAAAGAUACUUAAACUGCAUGCAGACUUUAUUUACUGUACAGAGUUCUGGAUGUAUUUAUCAAAUAGAAAAACCACCCUGGACUUGGUUGUUCACCUGUUUUGUGAUUUCCCUUGAAAAGAAAAAUAAGUUGUCAUAGCUAAUUGAUAUUUUACUAGGUAUUGUUCUGUUACAUUGAAAGGGAUUUUUUUCAAAAAAGAGCUUAUUUGGAAACAACUUUUCAAGUAGAGGGACAGUUGCUUACUCUUAUAUAUACACAUCCUAGAAUUUUCCACUUAUGUCUAUGGAAUGUGUGUAUAUAAAUUAGCCCUAAGUUUACUGUGCUAAUUAACAGGUACUUAUAAAAAAUAGCUGAAAUAGAAAAUUGCUGAUGGAGUUGUACUAGAAGAAUAUGAUAGGAGAGAAAAAUCCCAACUCUUCAUAUUAAAAAUUAAUACUAUUUGAAAAUUGUAAAAGAGACCAAAAUAAUAUGUUUUGUAAAUUCAUUUUACAAAAAUUACAAGAGUAAAAAUUCAACUAAUUCUCAACUUCCUUUUGACUUUAAUUGUUGUUUGAUCAGUUUUGUCUUUAACUUGGACCAAUUGUAGAUUGUUACAGACUUCCUAGGAUUUACCAUUCCUGUUUACCAAAGUUAGUUUGGGGAAGCAUCCCAGCUCUCCUCCUCACUGGUAAAAAAUGCCCUUUCUAUUCUCAUUCGAACUUUCGAAAGCCUUAGACAUAAACAUUUUCCUCACAUAGCCCUUAUUUGGGAAUUUCAAAUUCUGUCAUGCAGAUCUUAACUCCGUUCAAAACUGCUUGAAGAUUUAAAAACUCUCACAGCCACUGGACACUUUUCAGGAAAAUGUCCUGGGAUUGUUCAUACAUAGAAAAUAGCAAAAGUGUUUACCGUGUAAGUGGAUUUUUUGAUUCUUUAUUUUUCCUUGGAACUUUGAAGAGGAUGGAUCUUGAAGGAAAAGCAGAAAAUUUUGUUUUGACUUUUAAUAUCAAAACUGCUUUAAUGCUUUUUGCAGCGGUAUAUAUCCUAGAAUAUUUGGAGCCAUUAGUAACAACCUAGGUCCUAACCUUCAACUGGAGGAGACUUUUGGCUCUUGUGUCUGCUAUUGUUUCUUCAGCUCUCAAAAUCGGCUAUAAAAAGUUGCCUGUUUCUAAUUGUACCAACUUAAACAACUGUUGUCUAAUCAUCUGUGGUACAUAGAAUGCCUUUUUAAUGCUUUUUGAGCAACCAUUGCCUGUAUUUCCGUAGCUCCUCCCUGGGUCCCAUACAUGAGCUCAUUUGAGAAUGAAUAUGCCUUUUUUACCCCCUCUCUGUAAUGGACCAUCUAUGUCAGUGUUGAAACAUCUCUCUGAUGGUGUCAGAGAUGUAGACUACAUCAUAAGACCUGAUAGUUACUCUCAAGGAAUUUCUAGAUAGACUUGGUCCUGUUAGGAGGAGACUUGGUGUCACUUUUGUUAUCUGGAGGCUGGUCCCCUCCCUCCCUGAGGCUUUUCAGUUUUUGAAAACUUGAUGCUCUUUCAACUGAGAAAAUUGGUGUGGCUAUUAAACAAGUUGAGGGGAGCUGUAAGAGCAAUUAAAGAUUAAUGCAAACAACAUGGAAAAUUGUGAAUUUCAGUUGUUGUUCUGUAUCAGUUGAAUUUUUGUGCUCUUUUCCCUGUGUACGUGGUGGUUCUAUUUUUCUCCAAUAAAAGUUUUAUUUAAAAAAAAAAAA